GACUGUGUGUUGACUUUGCAAGUACUUUUAACGAAGAAGAAAGUAUAAAUUUCGGAAAUAUUUAUUCUACGUAGAGAGUUUCAACAAAAUCGAAGGAGUAUAUAAGGGUUUUGAAAGCUGAUUGUAUUAUAAAUAAUGACGGUCACUAAUCGAAUGGAUAUUGAGUGUGCCUGUAAGGGUGAAGGCUUUCGUUCAUACUACAUACAGAAAAUCGAAGAGCUCCAAUUGAUUUUAGCCGAAAAAAGCCAAAAUUUAAGACGUCUCGAAGCUCAACGUAAUGAAUUGAAUGCUAAAGUGCGUAUGCUGCGCGAAGAACUACAACUACUGCAGGAACAAGGCAGCUACGUAGGCGAAGUGGUUAAGCCAAUGGAUAAGAAGAAGGUUUUAGUGAAAGUUCACCCUGAAGGCAAAUUUGUGGUAGACAUUGAUAAAAAUAUUGAUAUCAACGAUGUCACGCCAAAUUGUCGUGUGGCAUUGCGCAACGAGAGUUAUACUUUGCAUAAAAUUCUUCCUAAUAAAGUUGAUCCUUUGGUUUCUCUCAUGAUGGUCGAAAAGGUGCCAGAUUCCACCUAUGAAAUGGUGGGUGGUCUAGAUAAGCAAAUCAAGGAAAUUAAAGAAGUUAUUGAGCUACCGGUUAAGCAUCCAGAAUUAUUUGAUGCUUUGGGUAUUGCUCAACCCAAGGGUGUGCUGCUGUAUGGCCCGCCCGGUACUGGGAAGACUUUAUUAGCCCGUGCUGUUGCUCAUCAUACUGAAUGCACUUUCAUACGCGUUUCUGGCUCAGAACUUGUGCAGAAAUUUAUCGGCGAAGGUUCCCGAAUGGUGCGCGAAUUAUUCGUGAUGGCUCGAGAGCACGCACCUUCCAUAAUAUUUAUGGAUGAAAUUGAUUCUAUUGGUUCAUCACGUAUUGAGUCUGGCUCAGGAGGCGAUUCUGAAGUUCAACGUACGAUGUUAGAAUUACUGAAUCAAUUAGACGGUUUUGAGGCUACUAAAAAUAUAAAAGUUAUCAUGGCGACAAAUCGCAUUGACAUCUUAGAUCCUGCUCUCUUACGCCCUGGACGCAUUGAUCGGAAGAUAGAAUUUCCACCGCCAAAUGAAGAAGCUCGUCUUGACAUUCUCAAAAUUCAUUCGCGUAAAAUGAAUUUGACACGUGGUAUUAAUUUACGUAAAAUUGCCGAAUUAAUGCCAGGAGCAUCAGGUGCUGAAGUAAAAGGAGUUUGUACAGAGGCCGGUAUGUAUGCGUUACGUGAACGGCGUGUUCACGUUACUCAGGAAGACUUUGAAAUGGCUGUAGCCAAGGUGAUGCAAAAGGAUUCCGAAAAAAAUAUGUCUAUUAAGAAGCUGUGGAAAUAAAUUUACAAGAUUGCUUCUUUGAUAAAAUAUAACAUAAAUAUAUGAUUUUCAUAAUGACAUUAGAAUUUUCCAUUUCCAUUAAGUGCUCUAAUAAUUAUACAAAAAUUUGAACGUAUUUUCUAAGAGUGAUGCUCCAGUACCUUUAAAAAAAUGGAAAAAAUUGACCACGCCUACCCAAUGUCAUAGUUUAUAACAAUUUCAUUUUUUCUUCAGUAUGCCAAAAUCAGUUUGCUCCUUUUACACAUCAAAAGAUAUUGAAAAGUACUUUUCCGGAUUAUCUGCAGCCAAAUUUCUGCCUUUUUGCAAAAAUUUUUUAGUCAGGUUGACGUAUAUCAAGUGAUCUUUAAGUGAAUAAGAUGGACUUG